GGAGGUGGGAGUCCAGGGGGACUGGGUAGGUUCUGCCUCCAGCUUGACUGUUCCCUGGUUCAGUCUCCCCCUCGGACAGUGGUGAGAACCCUCUUGGAAGCUACCCUGGCAAGAGAAUGGAAUUCCAGAAAGCAAAAAGGCAUAUAAAGGGGUGGACUGGGGUGCGGGUGGAAGUGGAUCUUGCCCUGCUCCUGUCUUUGCCAGGUGAGGGAGGAGCAGGACAGGUGCCAGUCUGGAGCCCGGGUUGCCUCUGCCAUCGCCAUCCCGGCCAUGCCUGCCCCGCUGCUCUCGGUGCUGCUGCGGGCGCUGCUGUCCCGCCUGCUGCUGCCCGCUGCCCGCCUGGCCCGCCAGCAUCUCUUGCCCCUGCUGCGCCGCCUCGCCCGACGCCUGGGCUCCCAGGACGUUCGAGAAGCUCUGCUGGGCUGUCUGCUCUUUGUCCUCAGCCAGAGACACCCACCCGACGCUGGAGAGGCCUCCGCAGUGGCCCGCUCAGAGAAAAGGGAGAGACUAGCCCCGCGAAAGUGAGACCCCGAGUCCUGGCCGUGGCUGUGUCCAGCGAAAUGCUUUCUUUUGGGGUUGAACAGUCCUGGCACCUGUCCGUCAGGAGACACAAUGGGGGAAUGAGCAUCAGAAGGGCCUGACCAGGACCUGGGACCCUCUCCCUACCACCCACCCCCAGCAGAAAGAUCUUCUGGAAGGACACCCACCCGCCCGGACCGUUGCCUCCAGCCCCACAGUUUCUCCGAAGACCACUUCUAACCACCUCGGCGGGAAGGGCAGCCAACUUCCCAGGCAAAUGAGGACGGUCAGGUCCAGCGAGGGGCCGCGCUGAAUCCAGGGGGAAUGCCUGCCAAUUUCGCUGAGAGGCAAGACUGUCUCUGCCUGCCAAGCUCGGGGUAUCAAGCUUGGAGGUAAAUAUUAAGACCUUGGGUCCAUUAGGGAGGGUCACCUGCCCCAAAGCCCAGCAUGCAGCAAGCGUUCAAUAAAUAUUUGUUGCUCUGAA